AUGCUCCCGAAGAACAAUUUUUCGGAAAAACGUGCUACUGAUAUAUUAGCCAGAUAUAAAAAGGAUUUACCGUCAGUGAAAGCUGUAAAGGCUGAAUUUGAGAAAGUGCUCGGAUGGAAUGUUACUCUGCAGACCGUUUGGAGACAUAUUAAGAGGUAUGAACAGAAUGAAGCAAAGGCGAUUCAUGUGAGGAGUAUAUAUGACCGGUUGUCGAAGAAUAUGCAACAAAAGGAAACGAAUGAUGAAGAUUACGUGAACACAAUGGACGAUGUUAACAAUACCUCUUCAUGCACUUUUUCAAGGCAACUUCGGGGCAAUCAGCUCACUCAUAGGAGGUACGAUUAUCGGAACUAUUGUCAAACAUCCGCGCCAGUUCGACCCUCAUCUCAACGUGAUAUUACUCCUCCAGAUGCACUUAAAAUGCAUCCGAGACGUGAGACAGUUCCAUCGUUGGUGAUUCCAGAGAAGAACAAUCCUAAUUCGGUACGUAGUUAUCAACGAAUGGCUACAACUAAGGAUACUAUCUACUACAGAUGUGUACAGUGUGAUAAACUCAGUCAAAAAAAGAAUGAUGAUGGAUGUUCAGCUACAGAUAGUGAACAACAUGUUGAGGGUGGUGACGGCUACGAAACACUUCAACGAGCAGUUGUAAAAACAAUUCACGGACGCGUGAUUGGAAAUGCGUAUCCAAAACAUCAUCCUGACUGUUGUCCAUUGUCGAUUAGUGAACAAAAUGCACUUGAAUUCGGUAUGUCCCAUCGAACACUAAUGAAAAGUGGCAUUAUGCAUCCAGGAAGUACUUGGAUUACGGGUCGGGUAUCGGCUAAAACUGUUUGCGAUAGUGCUAGCAAAGAAAGUAUAGAGCUUUCUGGAAAUCGUUUAUCAGAAAAGAAUGCAAAUUGUGUCACUACUUCAGCUAGCAGUAAAAGCAGGCAAUCAGCAGAAGCAAAUAAUCCUCCAGUACCGAUCCAACGGACGUUCUCGAAACGAUUGACAAUGUCCUCGAUUGUAGUGCCAGAAAAGUGUGCUGACACAGUUCGUGUUUACCGAUUGGGUUCAACUUCCAAAAAUGGUCGUACUUCUUAUUACAGAUGCUCCAAGUGUGAAACUUUAUCGCACAAAGCAAGAAUCACUUCAAGUGGUCUUGAUGAAGGCCCAUUUCCUCGAGCGCGUAUCAGGACGGUUGAUGGUCGGUUAGUUGGUUGUGCUUAUCCGGCACACCAUCCAGACUGCCAGCCAACAGAUGCACGUUUGUUUAAGGCACAAGAGAUUGAUACCGGCUGUAGAUAUCGUAUAAAGCAAGGACUCAUUUCGCCAAGGUGUGCUUGGAAUUUGGGUCACCAAAUGGCAGAAUCAGAAUCUUUCAAUGCCGAAAACGAUGGAGAAAUUCCCUUCCCGCAGUGGGAUCGAGUCAAGAAAAGAUAUUACAAGUUGAGCAGAGGAAAGAAGGUCAAAUUGAACGGUGUUGAAGAGUCAUUGUUCAAUGAAGAAUAUUUUGACUCAAGAUGUGUUAGUCAAACGAGGAGUGAAGCAGAAAUUGUACCGAUUGAUGACGGUUCAAAUGACGAUGCAGGUUUUUAUACUGAAUCAACGAAAUCGAUUUCAGCUCUCGAGGGGUCAAACGAUGCAUCAUCCUCACAGCUAUACAGUUCACCAGUUGUUGCUGAAUCGGAAAAUGACUUGAUAUCAGCUGAUGAUAGCAGCGCUCAUAAUGAUAAUGAUCAUAUGAACUCGAUGAUAACUGAUGAUCAAGUGAUGUCAAGAACGGAUGUGACCAACUUAGAUGAGGCAGAUUCUGAUAUAAUAGUUGACGUAAUUGGAAAUGAUCGUGAUACUGUGAUAGCACAUCCAGCCAAUUGUAAUUGUGACUCGAUUUACAAUGCAAAUUUAGAGUUACAUGAAGAUAUUGUUCGUUGUUUGAAUGAAAUGAAAGCAAUGCACAAUGAAAUGCGACGAAUUUAUGAGGAAAUACGGCUUGAUAGGGCUGAAUCGAAAUCAAUUCCUUUAAAAUAUUUCCCUUGA